AUGGAAGGCGGAAGUUUGGACUGAAAACAAGCAACCUUUCCAUACACCUCUUCGAAGGAAAAAUACAUAGUUUGUGUCAAACAAAACGGUUUUAUACUUUAUUUCUGUAGCAUUACGAGGAUUUAUUCGGAGAUUAAAAGAGUUUAUAUUUGUUUCACACGGACACAUUGAGGAUAAACGCCAGUAUUAUGCUUUAUUUGGAGAUUAUUCUUUCUGCGUUAAUGCUCUUUUGUUUGGCGGAUGAGUCUAAAUUGAAAGUAAAACCCGCUUCAAAACCUGUGAGAUUAUUCACGGAUGAAGAAUUGAGACGAUACGAUGGAAGUGAGGAAGGGCAGCCCAUUUACAUGGCCGUCAAGGGAGUCGUGUUUGACGUUACGUCUGGCAAAAAAUUUUAUGGUAAGGGCGCUGCUUACAAUGCCCUUGUGGGCAAAGACUCAACCCGAGCUGUGGCUAAAAUGUCCCUUAAUCCUGAAGACCUGACCCAUGAUACAACAGGCCUUAUGAAGGAGGAGCUGGAGUCCCUUGAGAGUGUAUUCACUGGAACAUACAAAUCAAAGUACCCCAUAGUGGGUUACACACACAGACGCAUUCUCAAUGAAGAUGGCAGCCCAAAUAAAGAUUUUAAACCAGAGGAUCAACCUCAUUUCACUAUCAGAAAUGAGCUGUAAUAGUUAGAUAAUUGAACAUUUUGGUUGGUACAGUAGUCAUUUUUAAAGCUCUUGUAUUGAUUAAUACUAGCUCUCUUCACGAGAUAAGAUUAUUGUCUGAGAAAGGCCUCUCUGACAAGAUUAAUUUAGAUCUACUGAUUUAGCUGGGUGUUUGUUUGGGUUUCCUUUAGUCUCUCUUCUGUAUAUCUUAGCAACUAUUGUAUCUACUAUGUUCAAAAAUUUUACAAUUUCUACUGUGACUGUGGUCAUUUCAGGAUACAAAGAUAUUGUAGGACAUUCACUAGUACCAUACAACUAUACAGUCAACAUUGUCACCAGUUCGCAGCUACUAGUGCAUCUCAAAAAAUUAGAAUACCAUGAAAAAGUUACUUUUUUUCAUAAUUUAAUUCAAAAAGGUAAACUUUCAUAUAUUCUAUAUUCAUUACAUGUAAAGUGAAAUAUUUAAGCCUUUUUUGUUUUAAUUUUGAUGAUUAUGGCUUAUAGCUCAUGAAAAUCAGAAAUCCAGUAUCUCAAAUUAUUAGAAUAUUCCCUAAGAUCAAUCAAAAAAAGGAUUUACAGUACAGAAAUGUCCAACUUCUGAAAAGUAUAUUCAUUUAUACACUCAAUACUUGGUUAGGACUCCUUUACCAUGAAUUACUGUAUCAAUGUGGUGUGGCAUGGAGGUGAUCAGUCUGUGGCACUGCUGAGGUGUUAUUGAAGCCCACGUUGCUUUGAUAGUGGCCUUCAGCGUAUCUGUAUUUUUGGGUCGGGUGUUUCUCCUCUUCCUCUUGACAGUACCCCAUAGAUUCUCUAUGGGGUUCAGGUCAGGCAAGUUGGUUGGCCAAUCAAACACAGUAAUAUCAUGGUCAGCAAACCAUUUGGUAGUAGUUUUGGCACUGUGGGUAGGUGCUAAGUCCUGCUGGAAAAGGAAAUCAGCAUCUCCAAAAAGCUCGUCAGAAGAUGGAAGCAUGAAGUGCUCUAAAAUCUCCUAGUAGAUGGCUGUGUUGACUUUGGACUUGAUAAAAUACAGUGGACCAACACCAGCAGAUGACAUGGCACCCCAAAUCAUCACAGACUGUGGAAACUUCACACUGGGCUCCAAACACCUUGGAUUCUGUGCCUCUCCACUCUUCCUCCAGACUCUAGAACCAUGAUUUCCAAAUUAAAUGCAAAAUGUACUUUCAUCUGAAAAGAGGACUUUGGAACACUGAGCAACAGUCCAUUUCUUUCUCUCCUUAGCCCAGGUAAGACACUUGUGACAUUGUCUCUGGCUUAGGAGUAGCUUGAUAUUAGGAAUGCGAAAGUUGUAUCCCCUUUCUUGAAGACGUCUGUUCGUGAUGGGUCUUGAUACACUGACACCAGCCUCAGUCCACUCCUUGUGAAGCUCUCCCAAGUUCUUGAAUCAACUUUUCUUGACAAUCCUCUCAAGACUGCGGCCAUCCCUGUUGCUUGUGCACCUUUUCCAGCCACCCUUUUCAGCAAUGACCUUUUGUGGCUUACCCUCAUUGUGGAGGGAAUCAGUGAUCAUCUUCUGGACAACAGUCAAGUCAGCAAUCUUCCCCAUGAUUGUGGUUGUGUGUACUGAACUAGACCGAGAGAUACACUGUGUUCAUACUGUUUUACUCAAACUCGAAAUGAAAUAUUCUAAUAUUUUGAGAUGGGGUUUUUUUUAUGUUUUUGUACUGUAUGCCAUACUGAUUAAAAUUAAAAUAGAAAAAUGCUUGAAACAUUUUAGUUUAUGUGUAAUGAGUCUAUAAUAUAUAACAUUUUCACUUUCUUAAAUAACUGAUGGAAAAUAUUGAACUUUUUAACAAUAUUCUAAUUUUUUGAGAUGCACUAGUACAUGUAAUUGAUUCAGGCAUUUGUGUUGCAUUUGUGUAAUGGAACAUGCACUGAUACGUGCUUGGUUUUAUAGAAGGAUUCCAUUACAGGAGCUAGGUAAUUAUAUUUAUUGGUAUGUUAUGGUGGUCAUAAAUAUUUUUAAUAAAGAUACUAUUAUAUGGAGUUGACUGGAAACUUGAAAAGCUUCUUAUCUACAAUAGCUUGCUUAUCUAUUCACUAACAUUUGACUUCUUUUAAUCAUUUGCUGAUCUUUUUGUGUUAUUUAAUGAUAAUAUAUUAUUGCCUACAAGCACCAGUGUACUAUACGUUGGGGGAUAGUGGUAUGCACUUUGGUGGUCUGUCUGCCCACACUCAAGUAAACGUAUGAUGCAUAUACUAUCUAGGGUUUUCCCUAGUGGGCUGCCUUGAAGGUCACUGAAAACAGUUCACCCACCUGUAUGAUUAAACAACAUAUUAAAAAACACGGUACAUUUAUGGUUUUUUUUAAUGUUUACAUAUUUUGUGUAUUACCUAAAUGUUUUCACAGGCAUCCUUUUGCUUUCACAUUACCUAGUGUUGUAUGAUUGGGAAAGUUUGGUGACUCACUGCUGAAGUUGGUGCUUUGUAAUUUUACAGUUGAACACUACAGAAAUCUGUUGGACAUGCUACUGCAAAUCUAUAACUGUUUUUAGGUCUGGAAUAUGGGUACUUUCUCACUAUGAUACAAAAGUGUGUCUGUGAAUUAUUUCUGAACUGGGGAUGUUAUUUACACUAAUAAAUCAGAUUGCACUCGA